GAAACGAGUGCGUAAAACCACAUCAGCAUUCUCGAUUGCACUUUGGCAGACCACAAUAGAGCGACCAUGGGUGCGAUGGCAUGAGGUGAAUUCUGGAUUUUCGAUGCUUGAACUUCAAACUGACGUUUACUCAAGUCAUUUCCCCACGAGAAAAAAUUUCUGUUCUCACCCAAGGAAGUGAGCUCUGAGGGCCUUCUCCAGUGAAAGGUAUGGCAAAGUACGAAGAGAAAUAUCGGAGGAAAAUUCUUGUCCCAGAACAGAAGAAAAGAAGCUGAAGAGAAGCAAAGUGGUGGUCAGGAAAAAUUUCCAGCAAUUUUAGUGGCUUCAGUAUGAAUUUGUUCUCAACAUUCUGGAAAAUUUUUCCAGCACAUUUUUUGUAAAAUAUAUUUUUUUAUUGAUGUCGUUUGUUUGAUCAGGAUUCACCUACUCGUCUGGUUACCCUGAGGACGUGCAGUGAUGUUCCGAGACUACUCUGGGGGCAGAUCUGUUGGAGAGUUGGUGGUGACAUAUUCAUGGAAGAUCCUGAGAGGAGAAAAAGUGGAAAAUUUCCUGGCUGGGGGUGGGGCUCGGUGGAGCUGGCAGGCGUCGAUCUGGGGCCCCACCCCCUGGUGACUAUGGCUCCGCCUCCAGACAGUCUCGUGACGUCACACGGACACUUGUUACGCCUUGUUGUUUGGAUAGCAUUUGAAGAUAACAGUUGUUGAGAGAAAUAUUUCAUCUUGAGGAAUCACUGGAGCUGCUUUUUAUCCAGGGGUUGAGGCAGCCCUUGAUAUGUCAGGUUAGAAAGGUCCUCUGCUGGGGUGCAUCCAGCACCAAAAAUAUUCUAAUAAUUUUGUUGUCUUUUUUUGAAGUCAGAACAUGCCCUCCAGAGUUAGUUCUAAUAUUUAAUUACUCGUGGAUGAUUAACUUAUCAUUAACGGUUUGAUGCUUAUUUCUGAUAAUCAGGAUUGAGUAGUAAUUAUAAUCGCGCUAUCAUAAUAAAUUCGCUGCAGCCUGUCAUAUCGGAGUUCUCGAAAAAUAUGUGCUCAUUCAUCGUGGGAAAGUACCGAUAACACCCAGAGUGUUGAGAAUUUGGCACCAUUUCCUGGAGUCAGCAUAAUUUUUGAAAUAUCUCAGUGAGAAAAACUCAUUAUUAAUUUCAAUGGGGAUGUUAAAAAAAAUUUCAAACCGUUGCAUUCCUUAUGUUGUUACCCCGAGGGUUAUUACCGUACGGAAAACCCUCUUUGAUAAAAAUUAGACCUCGAGAGGGCGAAACGCGGUAUGAAAAUCCCUUUUAUCUAAAAAAUUUGUUUCUCAAGGCCACCUUUACCGAUAAAACUCGACCUAAAAAUCAUCGAACGUCAUUUCAUCCCCUAUUUCGCCCUUUGGACGUCUCAAUUUUAUUGAACAUUGCUGUCCGUGUGGGUAGAUUACACGAAUUCAAUUAAACCCUUCCAAUUAUUCCUUAAACGCAAAAACCAAGUUCGAAUUCCCGAAAUGACCCACCAAUGAAGUGCCAAUCAAUUAAUCAGUACGACCAUGGGAGAGUAGCAGUGGUCCGAAGGGGUUUAUCGAUAACGACAUGACAAGGGGUUGGAAACACUGAGGGGCUCGUCCUGACUAAAGAAUUCUUGAAAAUUCCGUCUCCGAUGGGCUUUGAAUUGAAUCCCCAGCUUUGAAAAGUGGCGCGAGAUCAGAAAAUUCCGUCAGCCGAGGGUGGUGGUAUUGAAGUUGUGGUAGGGAGGCGUACAAGCUGUGUGCGUUUUCGCGGUAAGUGGGUGGUGGGAGGGGAAGCUGACAACGAGCACUCGAUGCCCUCCGAUACUGUUGGAAACGGCGUGCGAGUGAGGGAGAUGGAUCGAGCGAGGUCGGAGUGUUGCCAGGAACGGGUGGAGAGGGGGCGAGUUUGGGCCGUCCCGAGGAUCCUCUCAUCGUCGCUCCAGCUGUAUUCCCCACGAAACACGCGGACUACGGGCCAAACUACCGCGGCAUUACGUCGCGCGCCGCCGAACGCGACUGACUGCUGGUGAACGUAUCGGACAGUUUUUUUUUUCCUCGCGACGCUGCGAUGUAUCGCGAUAGCGUGACGUUUGUCAUCAAUUGAAGUUAAUUGACUUUACCGGGUGUUUAACGAUGGACGAGGCUAUUGAUAAUUACGCGGAAGACUUUUUGCAUUCGACAAAAUGAGAUGAAGAAAAAAAAUGUGAGGGAAAACAUAGUGUGAGCUGCGCCGAAACAGAUUGGAUUUUAGUGAUAAGUGAUCAGUGUUGAUGUGCAAUGAAACGAUUGAUUUUUCAUCGGGUCUCGUGAUAGUAAAAAUUGUUGAGAAUUUUAGGAAAAUCGUUCGCCUGAGUACUGACUUCUCGAGGGGUAUUGUUGGUGGAAAAACGAGGUGAUUGAAUUAAUGAGAGUUUAGUUGAUUAAUGUUGAACAAGUGCAACGUGAGAUAUAAAUCGUGAGUUACUCGGGGGAGACUUCGGGGCGUAAACACGCCGAUGGGAUGCAUCUACCGGUGGACUCGGUUGGCUGCGGGGAGAAUUACGAUUCCGUCGGUUCACACGAAGGCGCCGGUCUCGUAGGCUCCUCCCUGACACCACUCCGAGGGGUUGACACGAGGUAUCACUGCGAGGAGGACGACGGGGGUGGUGGUGGUGCUGCCGGGCCUGGUGCGAGGGGCACCGGUGGAGAAAUGAGUGAGGGUGCCGCCGUCGGGGAAUUGUGGUGGACUGAGAGACUCGUUGGCGAGGCCCAGGCCGAACAUCCUGGAGAACUUGUGAGAACAGGUUCACCCUAUUUUUUAUGCAGUCAACUCCCGACGCACUGGCGAUCCAACAAGACCCUUCCAGUAGCCUUCAAAGUAGUUGCCCUCGGUGACAUAGGCGAUGGCACCCUAGUCACUGUGCGCGCUGGUAACGACGAAAACUGUUGCGCUGAAUUACGAAAUUCCACAGCACUGAUGAAAAAUCAAGUUGCCAAGUUCAAUGAUUUGAGGUUCGUCGGACGCAGUGGAAGAGGUAAAAGCUUUAGUAUCACCAUCACCGUGUCGACGUCACCCCCUCAGGUGGCGACUUACACGAGGGCCAUCAAGGUGACCGUCGACGGCCCCAGGGAGCCCAGGUCCAAAACAAGUUACGGUUUAAUUGCAGGACAGCAGCAUCAGCAAUUUCGUGCACUGGGCCUGGGGCAAAGGCCGUAUUUGGAUGCAACAUCUUCGUUUACAUCACAAUUGCGAGAGUUGCAGUCCUACAGGAGAAGCAAGCAUCAUCAUCAUCAGGCCAGCCAUCUCCAUGGACAAACGACAAAUAAUAACAAUAACAACAAUAAUAAUAGUAGUGGAAGUUGUACGGGUAAUCCGAACAAUGGAGGAAAUCCCAGUAAUUCACCGAAUUCUGGUAGCCAUCUUGGAAAUGCAGCGAGUCAUCAGGAUUGCUUCAAACAUAGUCCGCAAAAUGAUAAUGCGGCAAGCACCGCUGAAUGGAGCUAUCCAUCAGCAGCACCAUCUUACCCAGCCCCCUCUGGUAGCGACGGUGGAUCUUAUUCCCCUCUUCCAGGUGGUGCUUUCUCAACAUAUCCAGGGGAAUCCCUGUCUCAUCAUCCGACAACUGAACCUGUGCCAUUACCUGCAGUGCUACCACCGGACACCCCCCAAGACGCCUACACCCCAAACUGCGUAUCAAUGUAUCCCAAUCACUCAACGCCAUCGUCAACCCUUCCCCUGAUAUCAGCUAAGCCAUCAGACACGGAAAUUUUCCCCGGAAGUGGGCCAGGUGGUGGUAGCUCGGGUUAUCAUUACGGCUCAUGGACAUCUGGACCAACAACACCCGUACCCGUACCAUCUCACAAUUACAACACAAAUUAUCAAGGAUAUUACAACAGUCCAAGUCAAAACUACAUAAGCCCAACGCCAAUGGUACUCUAUCCACAGCUCUACAGUACUGUCAAUCAGAAUCAGAUACACCUACAUCUUCAUGGUGAUUUGAGUGAUGAUCAAGUGACUAUUGCCAGUGGUAACUUAACGAUAAGCAGUAAUAGACUUGAGAUUGGUGUUCUAGGUGAGGAGAAUGAACAGAGGAAUGAUGUGUGGCGACCGUACUAGAGUUUUCAGCCAAUUUUAUCAGUGAUUUCCGAAGACUUAUUGAACACUGAGUAAUAAUAGUGUCAAUGUAUCUUCUUGUUUCUGUAUUCCCUUGAGAAGCAAUGAACUCAGUUGUAAUUUAUCUCAUUCCGAUUAUGUACAUAUAAUAUUUUACAUUGAA